AUGGGCGGACGUCCAAAGCUGUCCAAGGCGCAGAGGGCCGCGGCGAAAGCUGCCGAGGAUGCCGAGGCCUGGCGCGCCGAGACCGAGGCGGCUCUCAUUUUGCGAGAUGAUCCAGCGCCGCCGCUUCCGAGCUGGCCAGAAGCGGUCGCAACGUUUGGUGCGUCGGCCGUGGAGGCUUUGGAUGUGACGCACCCGAACGAGCUGGCCAACGCGUGCGCCUCGGCGACCGCCUUGCGGCUCUUCCUAUCCGUGCCGGCUGCCGGCGUCUUGCCAUGGCGUCACCGCGCUCAGGAGUCACUGGAGACGAGCCUGCAGCGGCUGGCGCUGGACGAUGAUCUGCAGGCGGACGUCAAGAGCUAUCGCGCUGCGACGCUGGCGGCCGGCAGGAGCGCCGCGCCGCCACAGCUGCAGCCGCUCGAGCCUCUCGCGGCGCUGGACGGGCUGCUCUUGGCGCUGUGGGGCGUGGGCCGGCGGCGGAGGGAGAAGCUUGCCCACCCGGUGGGGGUGAUGGAGGUGGCUGCCGCGGUGGCAUUCGGCCUUGCUAGCGUGAGUGAGCGCUGCCGCUCGCUGCUUCGCGCAGCGCCGGCUGAGGUGCGCCAGAGCUGGGGCGUCCGCGAGGAGUGGGUGCGGGGCGACGCGCCGGCGAAGACGCCGUGGCGCAAGGGCGGCUGCUCGCUGCUGCGCCUGCUUCGCGCGCGGUGGGUGGCGGAUCUCUCGGACGCCGCGCUCGAGUCCUUCCGCGGCAGCCGCGUCGCCUACAUUGGCGAGUGGGGGAGUGGCAUGACGGGCACCCGCCACCUGCACGACGCCCUCUCCGAGCCAGCCUCGUGGGCACUGGAGGCGCACGUGCCGCUCCCAAACUUCGCAAAGCUGCGCAUCGCCCUCUACCUCUUCCGGAGGCGGGACCCCGACGCGCGAUCGGCGCAGCAAGCAGCUCCCCACCAGGCGGGCGGCAAGCGCAAGCGGCGCGACGCCGCCGAGAGCAUCGUCGGCUGCGACGUGUGCGGCAGUCGGCAGCGGCGCUUGUGGCGCUGCCCGUGGUCGCGCCAGCUGCUGGUGUGCGGCGAGGGCUGCUACGCCGCCGCAGAGCAGCGCCACACCGCCACGCUCGCCCUCUGCUUUUGCGGCGCCGCGCCAACGUUGCGGCCGCCGUUUGCUCUCUUCGAGGCAGCGGCGUGGUUGGAGCGGUCACAGGCGAGCGACAGGCAGUCCCGGUCGUGA